CAGGGCAGCCGAAGAGUUUGUGAACAUUUAUUAUGACACGAUAGACAAGAGGAGGCGAGCUUCGCACCCCAUUCUUGCCCGGCUGCAGAUCCCAGCAGAUGGACUUCAAGAGCCUCCUCCUCAGUGUGGGGGAAGAGAGGAGGUCGAUGAGUCCAUCUGGCUGAUGAAAGUGUCUUUAAAAUCCAUCCGUUUAAUUUCCGAGGAUGUUGGUGAACGAGAAUCUGGUGCUCACCAAAUUGUACUUGGACACAGCCAACCUAGUGUGGAACGGCAAUGCCGUGUCCGGCAACCGAGCCCUCGCCGAUUUCUUCGAGAUGCUGCCAUCCAGCGAUUUCCAAGUGAACAUGUUGGAUUGCCAGCCGGUCCACGAGCAAGCUACUCAAGGGCAGACGACUGUGCUUGUGGUCACGUGCGGGACAGUGAAGUUCGAUGGGAACCAGCAGCGCUACUUCAACCAGAAUUUCCUGCUGACGGCGCAGGUCACGCCUCAGAACACGGUGUGGAAAAUAGCCAGCGAUUGCUUCCGCUUCCAGGACUGGCCCAGUUAAUCUUUCAUCCGAAACCAAGGUUGGGGAACAAAAUCAGUGCUGUAUCAGAUUUGAUUGACUCUGCCAGAAAUAAAUUGCGAAUCAAAGACGGGGAAGGAUAAAGAACGUCGGGUUUAUUGUGACCGACCGGAAAGUCUGUCUUGAGAAGAUUGAAAAUAGGAAAGGGAAGAGAGGAGGAAAAACCUGCUCCAUUGAACAGCAUUUUACCAUCACAUGUAAAACUGGUAUCCAGUGUCCAUUCAGCAUAUAAAUACAUGAGCCAAAGCACAACCUGUGUUAUCAGCCUCCAGAGAAGCCUGUAAAGUUUUUAUUGUGAUAUCAAUAAACUGAUUUACUACAGACAAA